AUACCCCAGCCCCUGCUUGUAUAUCUCGGUGUCUCUCUCUGUGUGUGUGUGUAAGUGGGUGAGGCAGAGAGUGCUCUGCUCUUUUGCUAAACACAACACACACACUCUCUCACACACAAACAGCUCUGAAAAUCAAUCACAUCAGCUCUGAGCAACGUGACAGUGCAAGGAGAACAGAGGCAAAGGCACCCUGGCAAAGCGAGACUAUUAAAAGGGAUUGGAUGCAUCCAGUCUGUGUUGGCAAACCUACCAGGGACACCUUGAUCGGAACAGCAGGGACACAGCAAGCCAAUAUGAAGUCUGCAGAAGUUGAAGGUAGAACAUUGUUUACAGAUACAUACUGCAAAAUCUGUAAUGCGCAGUUAAUUUCAGAGUCUCAAAGGGUUGCGCAUUAUGAGAGCAAGAAACACGCAAACAAAGUUCGACUUUACUAUAUGUUACACCCUGAGGAUGGAGGACCUCCUUCGAAGAAACUUCGGAUAGAUGACCCUGAAAGUGAUGAGACUGAAGUGGAUAAAAAUAAAUGUUGUACCCUUUGCAACAUGUUCUUCACAUCUGCUAUCGUUGCAGAAUCUCAUUAUCAAGGAAAAACUCACGCAAAAAGAGUAAAGCUAGUGCUUGGGGAGUCACCGAACACACCGGCACAGACAGAAUCUACUCCUGCAACUCCAGAAGACCCAGAUAUUGCUCUUCAGGAAGAAGACCCUCUUUGGAGCAUAAACAUUGGAAGUGAGUCUAAGAAAUUUUGUGACCUCUGUCGAGCGUGGUUUAAUAAUCCAUUAAUGGCACAGCAACAUUACGAAGGGAAAAAGCACAAAAAGAAUGCUGCACGUGCAAAAUUACUACAAAGGCUCGGAGAAACUCUAGACUCGGAAGCAUUGGAAGCCCUGAGAAGUAGCUACUCGUGUAAUACGUGCAACAUGGUUUUAAACUCCGUUGAACAGUAUCACGCACACCUGAAAGGUGCACGGCAUCAAAAUAAUGUCAAUAACAGUUCACAGCGAACCGAGCCGUAUGAUCCAAGUCUAAUCGAGAACUCUGCUGAUACACAAAAGAGCAACUAUUACACAAGAAACAACAUCGAGAAAAGAUUGGCCAAGGAGGGAAAGGACAAUGACAGCGGACGAAGCUCUCUCAGUCCUCCGCAAGUAACAGAGUGUUCACUGGAAAGUUCUUUUUUUUCAAUAAUGGUCGAGGAAGAAACUCACAUUUUGUGCUGACUUUUCCAAAGUCCAAUUUAAAUACCCAAACUUGUUUUUAUUAAGAACAGCACAAGAAAGGGCUUAUUUUUUUUUCUUUUGAUUACCUUUUUGGAAUUAUUGAAGCAAAAAUGAGCAUGAAAUCAUCUUGAAAAACAAUAAUUUUCUAAUUUCAAAAAACAAAAAACAAAACAAGAACAUCAUUCAGGAUUCAGAACGGGAACUGGCCAUUUCAAGGUUUCACGGUUUUAAGAAAAUUCUUCUCAAAGCAUAAGUCUGGCAUAUUCAGUAAUUAAACCUCUUCAAGUGGAAUGCAGACGCCUGUCAUGCCGGGAUGUUAAAAAAAUUAAUAAAAAAAGUACAAUUUGUUUUUUGUGAUAAUAAAAAGCAGCAAUAGAUGCUACAUCUGAACAAAAUGCUUGGAAACUACAUAGUGGCAGCUAUUUAGGCUAUGAGCUCAAAAAUAAAGAUGUUUAGACAGUUUAUCAAUAGAUAUCUUGCUUGACCUUUGCGGUAAGACUUGAAAGGUCACAAUAUACAUCUGGUUUCACUUGGGAACCGCAUCUGUAUGACAUCCUUAUUGGAUUUUUGUAUUACGCAUUGGCUAGCUGAAGGCUGUUUUAAUAUACAUCACACUCUACAUGGGUAGAUUAUUCCAUUUUGUCGAGACUUGAGUAGGACAUUCUGUAACAUGGGCAAGUCAGCCAUGCUAAUUGUGCCCCCUGUGGAUUGGGAACAUAUCUGGUUUAGUAGAGCGUGAACGUAAGAACAGUGUCAGGAGUGAAUUGGUGGAUAGCUGCACACUACAAAAGGCGAUUGGAGAUUUCUAUACUUAUUUACUAUACAUUUAAAUCAUAAUAGACUCUUUGUUUUAUUGUGAGUGAUAUUAUUAAGGCUAUUAUCAGUGGAGUCAAACCUUAAUAGAGUUAUGGAUCUGGACUUUUUGCACAUCGUCCGGUUAAUUAACGAAAAUGACAGAUACAAAGUCAAUAGAAGCUUGUUAAGCAACUUUACAGAAAAUGCAGCUUAGGCAGGCUUCGUAUGUGCAAUAUUAAAAUAUAAAGGCUUAAUAUGUUGAAAUCGUAGGAAUUUGUUCGGAGAAAUAUUAUUAGUGAUUAUCAUAUAAUUGUCAUAUUUUUGCUCAGAUUUACUAAGGGAUCAUACUCAAACAUGUUGCUUGUCAUUUGUGGAGGACUACAGAAGGCAACUGAGAAGAAUUAAUGUAAUGUAAUACUGUAUGAUAUGCUGACAUUCGUCUCUGUGUUAAUAAUGCUCACCUCCUGUUCGUGUCAGAGAAAUCUCUGAUUUCAUGAUUUGACAGUGGCAGCGGAAAUUGUAGUAAUGAUCACAUGUGUAUGGUACCAAUUUAUGGUUGUGCUUUAAAACAUACACAUGUAUAUUAACAAGCCAUAGAUGAGACGAUAUACUAAAAGCAUACAUGCAGCUAACAUUUUGGCACUAAAACAUUUUCUAUGCUAGAAAACAAUGUGGAACAAAACUUGAUUUAUUUCACUGGCUUCUGUUAAAGGAAUAGACUGCACAGUGUAGUAAUUACAUUUUAUAUCACUGUACUCCCCGCUGAUGCUAAAAGAACAAAACAAAACAAACACCGUAAUGCAUAUUUUACUAUAUUUCCGCUACACAGCGAUGUGGUAAAAUAUUGGUAACAAACUUACGUUUGGCAAUGAUAGCAAAAAAAUUUCCGUUCAACAGAUUUUAGUUUUGACCUACUUUUCUGUUGAAACCUGCAAAUUAAUUGACACUAUGUAUCCGCCAAUAUUUUUGUUUAUCAAAAAAAGGUUAUGAAGACCUGGUCUUCUUUAUUAAUAAAUUAAUUAAAUUUAUGUAUCCAUCAAUGUCGGUUUCUACAGGAGAGUUAUUAUGAUGACCAGAGCUUUCUUUUGUCUGGUAGUGCUUUACAAUUUAAUCUAUAGAUGUUGUUAUCCAAACACAUAGUACAUAUAACUUUAUUUUGUAAGUUUGUAAGCACAGACAAUAGGGUAGUACUGCUCUAAUUUGUUAAAUUUAUUAGAAGUGGUAAUUCCCUCGAACAAGUGGUUUUCAAAGUGUGCUUCAUCCUUGGAAGACAACUCUAAAGGAAAGCAAUGAAUCCACUAACUAUUAAAAUUUCGGGAUCAUGUUUCUAGUAAACCAAAGUAACAAAGUUGUAGAAUUAGUCUCCCAAAGGCCUCUAUGAUUCAUCUUUCUUUCCAGAGGGAUAAUUACUUUUUGUGACCUCUAUCACUGACUGUGUUGCUUUAUCUAGUUUGCUCUAUUACAUGUAAAGAAUAUAUCAUAUUUGAAAGAAAGCAAAGAUGUACCUGGGCCAUUUAUCACAUGAUGCCUUGGGAGGAGUUGUGCUAAAUGCAGUAGGCUUUGCAAACCUUAUUACAUAGUUAUCAAAUCCACUAUCCCGAGGAUCUUGUCCUUCCAGCUCUAAGUAGCUAGAUUCUUAGGAGCACUAGGAUUCCUUCCUUCAGAAAAUUGGAUUGCUCAGAAGUUGAUUCCAGAUGAAAACCUAGAUCAGGUUUGGCUUCUCUUUAUUUAGCCUCUACCUUGAUCCUUUUAUUUAUUGAAUACAUACCAUUUUAGUGGGUGUGUGGAUGGUCCUACUGCAAUCUAUAAGAUGGUGGAACACACGUUCAUGCAUUUUAGUGGUUCUCCUUCAGAACUGGUACAUCUGGAAUGUAUGUAUCUCCUCUUAAAAAGUAUUCUAUCGACUCAUUGAGGGUGAAACAUGUAUUGCAAGAACAGAUUAAUGUGAUUUUCAUCCUAACUUCUAUGAAGGGAUUAGCUACUUUGCUGCCAUGAUUAAUGAAAUCCACCAAAUUGCCCAUGCCUCAAGCAUGGAGCUAUAAGUGACAGCAAUGCCAAUCCCACCAAAUUGCCAUACCUUUAAUAUAGAAAUAUAAAUUAGGGCUACAUCAAUCCUACUGUAAAAUGUCUAAAGCUUCACAUUGGACAUUAGACAAAGGCCGAUCUGGGAGAAUGUUUCAGGCAGUAUAUUGAGACUUCUAUAAUUUAAAAAACGGACUCAAGCACAAUAUACAGACCACACUUUAUGAAUUAUUAGUAUUGCUCGUUAGUAAAAGGUCAUCAGAUAAAAGGUCACCAUAUAAAAGGUCAUAACAUAUUUGUGGACUUAAUUUGGUUAAUUGUAGCAGACCUAUAUCUCUAAAAAGAGAUCUAAGAUUUAAUUUAAGAAUAUCCCGGGAACAUUUUGUUCUACCACACAGCAGAGACUUUUUGUGCAUUUAUGAAAGACUGCUAGGUUCACUCAAAGCCACUUUUCAACAGUAUUUUUUUUUUUGAAGGCCUGCAUAGAAAAUAAAAAUUUCAAACAGAAAAAAAGUUUGAUGACCAAAUUACCAUUGACAAUGUUUGUUUAAAGAAACAGAUUGAAAGACAUUAUCUGUAAUUCAAUUUUAGCCACUAUGCAUGUGAAUUCAUUUUUCGUAACUUCUGCACCCGUACCUGUACUGUGUAACUUCUAAAUAAUGUUACCAUAUUACUAAGUAGUAUUUUGUCUGGAAUGCUAACACAAUAACAGUUAACAGGUUGUUCUGU